GCCGUUUCAUUUUCAACAUUUUCAACGCACUGUAAGCAGUAGACCAGGUGACACAGCCUGCCUUGGGCAUUUGACCAAUAGAGUAGCUCUGGGAAAGGAGGGGCUUAGAGAGACUAAAUCUUCGUACAAACUUUCAGAUUCUUUGAGAAAUUGGGUGAUGUGCAGUGUAUUGAGAAAAUUGAAGUGUUUUUUUGCUUUUGUUUUUUAUCUUGGGCAACUAAACACUUCCAAAUGGUUCCUUUGUCCUUAGAAUAAAUAUGGUUACCAUUCAAGCACUGCUGGCCCCACAGAUUCAGUGAUUUGAUUGCAGUCUUGUUUAUCUCCGGAAGGGCUGGAGGCCUCAAGCCCACAGAGUGUUAAUAUCAUCAUCUUUCCCAAUAGGCUUUAUUGAAUCCGACUGUAUCUCUUUAGUGUGUGUGUGUGUGUGUGUGUGUGUGUGUGCAGGGCUUAUUUUGGUUUCCCUCUGGUCUGAAUGGAAAGGGUGAAGGAAGACAGAGGGGAGCUAAUGGCUGAAGUUGGGCUUCUUGUGAGUUGAGAAUGAAAGUCGCAUAUUUAAAAAUUAAAACGGGUCAGGAUUAAAAAUUUAACGCAGCAGACUUGAGAAUCUAAUCCACUGAGGGAUGAAAGUCUGGGGAGCGUUCCUGAUCUGCAGUACACAGAGAGCGAGCUCAAACCAGAGCAGUCAUGCUCAUGAGUACCCAGACUGCCAAGAAGGGGGUAAUGAAGCCAGCCUGCUGGUGUCCCCUCUGGUGGUGGCUGGCAUCGUCAUCGGUCUGGUGCUCUUCCUCUCCUGUGUCACCAUCAUUGUGGGCAGUCUGCGCAAAGACAGCCGACUGCGCAACCCCCACCUGCGUGCCAGCUACGCUCCAGAUGGCCUCUCAUAUGGUGGCUCCAUUGGAGAGCUGAGAUCCACUUGUGUUGAGGACUUUCCCCCUGCUUUUGACUUUGACUCCUAUGUGGAGACACUGUCUCAAGUCAACGUCAUGUACCCAGAUUCCCCACCUCAUUACGAUGAAUGUGUGGGACAAGGGACGCAAAUAUACGUUCCUACGGACGAUCCACCCCCCUACUCCCUCACAGACCCGUGUCGUGCACACUGUCACAGAGAGACGGAGGAUCUGCCCGCUGGUGCUUCAUGGGUGUCUGCGAGCAGCUCUUCCCAAUACCCAACCAGACUACAGGACUUCAGACACCAGCCAAUCGCCUCCAUCUCUUUGUCAGCCUUACCUUUUGAAGAAGCGCCCCCAUACGAAGCAGUAGUGUGUGAACAAAACCAGCCCCUUCCACUGAUGCCCCUGGAUCUGCUCAAACACACUACAGCGGACAGCAGUCCUCAGGACAGCGUUUCCCACAGGAUCCUGUAAUCCUGACCUCUCUAGCACACUCAUGCUUCACCUGUACCAAACCAGCUUCGAGAGGGACUCUUUUGUGUGGCUGAGGAAACCGACACCUGCAGAAGCCCAUGCACAAUUACCUCUCACUUCACCUGACGCAGACACUGCACCUCCUGUUUUAUCUGACAAAGCGGGGGCCGCCAUGAGAGCACAGGGCUAUCGACCACUUUUAUUGUGCGUCACCUCACCUUUUGCUUAUGGUGUAAUUAUAUGUCAAUGUGCGUCUUCUCUAACUGACAGACUUAUAGAUGAUUUCAACUUCACAAACACCACAGCUAAUUUUGGAUGGCCUGACUUUAAAAAGAGCAGAAAGCCUCCUAAUAAACAUCACCUGGAGAAAUUUACGUGGGAAUAGAAAUGUACCUUUCUUUUUAGUGUGACAAUUUGAGCGUGUUUCUGCAUGAGUGACUAUUUCCACAUGACUCUCUUACAACCUUUUUUUCUUCUUUUUGUUUUUUCCAAUUUAGGGUUGGUUUUAACUAUUUACGUUUCGUAAUCUGUAAAGUUUUUUUAAGAUAAUAUUUUGUACAUUUCAUAGAAUAACUAGCAAAUAUGAGAAAUUACCUUUAAAGCAAUCUGAAUGUCAUCAGAAGAUUGAUAUGCUUUUUAUCCAUACUUUUCUAAACACAAUUUAUUUGCUAUGCAUUGUAUUUAUCAGUGGUUCUCAACCUGAAAGUCCUAUAAUUAUUUAUAUUAACAUUUUAUUAAUUACAGA